CAACAUAAGUAAUAAUAGAUUGUUAUUAGUAGUAGUGAAAUCGUUAAUAGCGGAGGGGAGCUGGACGAUACUUGAGUGCGACGUCGGACGACGAAGAACUCCAGGCAGCAGGGGGAAGAAAAACUACGCGAAGCAGAGACAAUAGAAGCUUGACGGAAAGCGAACCGAAGCUUGAAGGACCGACGGUCGAAGCUUGAAGGAGAUGCCACUGUCGAGGGUUGAGGGAAGGGAAUGGGAUUACGACGGCAGGGAAUGGGAGUACGGCGGCAGGAACCAGAGUGCGGAAGCAGGGGUUGACGGAGACCAGCUGGCGGGAGCAGAAAGGACAGCCGGCGGCUGCACCGGACUGGAUGGCCGGAGAACGUCCUUUGACGAGAAGAGAAACGAGUUCGACUGGGGGUGAGAAAAAUAAUAAUGAGGGUUUAUAAACAGUUAGGGUUACA